UGCAUGCCGGGAAGUGUGGUCCGGCCGCCAUGGCGGAGGAGACCGAGAGAAAAGCGGCGCUGGAGAUGGUCCAGGCAGAUGGGACAGAUGGAAACUGUGUCACCUUUGUGCUGCAUGAUGAGGACCACACGCUUGGCAACUCCCUCCGGUACAUGGUCAUGAAGAACCCUGAUGUGGAGUUCUGUGGCUACUGCAUCACACACCCCUCUGAAAGCAAGAUCAACUUCAGGAUCCAGACCCGAGGAGCCCUUCCUGCUGUUGAGCCCUUCCGGAAAGGGCUGAAUGACCUGAUGGGUGUUUGCCACCAUGUCCUCAGCACUUUUGAGAGGAGCAUGAAGGACUACAGGGCACGGAGGGAGGAGGAGAUGCAGUAGGCUUUGGAGGUGGUUGUCCCCAUGGAUGUGUGGAACAUCGGUGACGUGUGGUGAAGUCCCUGUGAGAAAGGAUUUGCUUGGUUUGGGGGCUUUUAUGGCUGCUUGGAGGCAAAUCCUGUACUUCAA